CAGGAGCGUUGAUGCGCGCGACACCGGAGAAGGGGAGGUGAUAUUUUAAGACAAUAUCAAAGAUUUGACGCAUGUUUGUCCUCAGCGGCAGGAUGCGCAGCAGCAUCUCCAUGGAUCUUUAAAAACACUGAUGCGCUGAGAAAACAGAAGGAGAAAAAAACCGCCUGUGGAUGCAACGAAAAGUACUGGAUUGUUAAAUGUGAAGGAGGAAAACGCGGGGAAACGAAUCAAUUAUUAUUUAUUCUGCUAUUUUAGAGGUUUCGUCCAUCUGAUCUGUGGAAGAGGAGGAGAUUUUAAAGAAGUUUGUGCGCUGCGUUAUUCUGAGGCUGCAAAAGUAGAUCUGCCUUUUUAUUUCUAACCGGGGAUGGUUGUGAAGUGCUGCUGAGGCCCCUGGAGAGGCUCGGACAACCGGAGACCGGGGCCUGGGCGCACCGUGCCUGUUGAGACGGACCCGCGCAGCAGCAGCAGCAGCAGCAGCAGCGCACCACCUGGAAACUAUACGGUCCGCACCCACAAGACCCUCUCCUCUCUUCUGCUCCUCUCUUCUUUUCAUCUCAUCCCUCCUCGUCUUUCCUUUUUUUAAUUUGAUUUUUUACCGGGUUUGUUUUUCUUCAAGCUGGUGUGGACUUUAUAGCCGCGACAGAAACUGAUCAUGCGAUGACUGAGCGCGCUUUUGGCACAAACCGAGUCCAUUACAGGAGGUGAAUGAUGGCCGAGGAUGGGGGAAAUCUCUCCGGGAUCCCCGACGCCAGGGACUCGGAGGGUCGCUCCUCUCUGCCGAGGACUUUCAUCCGGCUCAACGACCUGUCCGGGGUCGGGACAGGAGGCUUGGAGCGCGGCGAACUGGCGGUGGAGCCGGCGUCCCCGGCGCCUGACGGGAUCUCUACAACCGGGGAGGAGGCAUCGACGAACGGCGAUGAGAACCCGCCCUACCCGGCCAUGGCCCCCGUGGUCUUCUUCUACAUGAGACAAACCACCAAGCCUCGGAGCUGGUGUCUCAAAAUGGUCUGCAACCCAUGGUUCGAGCGAGCGUCCAUGUUGGUGAUCCUGUUGAACUGUGUGACACUGGGCAUGUUUCAUCCCUGUGAGGAUACAGAGGAGUGCACCUCCGACAGGUGCAAGAUCCUGCAGGUCUUCGAUGACUUCAUCUUUGCUUUCUUUGCCAUUGAGAUGGUGAUCAAGAUGGUGGCUAUGGGGAUUUUUGGCAAGAAGUGUUAUCUUGGAGACACGUGGAACCGCUUGGACUUCUUCAUAGUAGUGUCUGGGAUGUUGGAGUAUUCCCCCAACCUGCAGAAAGUCGGCUUUUUUUCGGCGGUGAGGACGGUUCGUGUGCUGAGACCUCUGAGAGCCAUCAACCGAGUGCCAAGUAUGCGUAUCCUGGUGACUCUGCUGCUGGACACACUGCCCAUGCUGGGUAACGUGCUGCUGCUCUGUUUCUUCGUCUUCUUCAUAUUUGGCAUCGUAGGCGUCCAGCUGUGGGCCGGCUGCCUCAGAAACCGCUGCUUCCUGGGCAACUUUUCCAUCCCUCCCUCUCAGGAGUUGAAUAAAUACUACCAAACUGAGAACGACGAUGAGAGCCCCUUCAUCUGCUCUAAACCCAGAGCGAAUGGCGUGAGAUACUGCAGCUCGGUGCCCAAGUUGUUCAACGAAGGAGGUAAUCAGUGCACCUUGGGCUUGGACUCUUACAACAGCACGGACAACAACACGUGCAUCAACUGGAAUCAGUACUACACCAAUUGCUCUGAUGGUCUGGUCAACCCCUUCAAGGGAGCCAUCAACUUUGACAACAUCUGCUACGCCUGGAUUGCCAUCUUUCAGGUGAUCACUCUAGAGGGCUGGGUGGACAUCAUGUACUUUGUGAUGGAUGCUCACUCCUUCUACAACUUCAUCUACUUCAUCCUACUCAUCAUUAUUGGCUCAUUUUUCAUGAUCAACCUGUGCCUGGUGGUCAUCGCCACUCAGUUCUCAGAGACCAAGCAGAGGGAGAGUCAGCUGAUGAAGGAGCAAAGGGUGCGCUUUAUGUCCAAUGCCAGCACUUUGGCCUCCCUCUCCGAGCCGGGCUCCUGCUACGAUGAGCUGCUCAAGUACCUGGUUCACAUCGUCCGGAAAGGGACCCGACAAACCGCCCAUCUCUGCAGGUUCCUGGCACGCCGCGCAGGGUUCAAUAUUGCCGCCUCACCCCCUGCCACGGAGCCCCAACGAAGCCAGAGCCAGAGAAGAAGGAGGAAGGCCUCCAGGCAGGGAUCGGUGUCGAUUCAUCAUAUGGCGCACCAUCAUCACCACCACCACCACCAUCAUUACCACCUGGGUAAUGGAAGUGUGAGGGGAGUAGGGAGCAUCAGGUGUCAGGAGGGUAGGGAUAUGGAAGCUGGUGCUCAGAACAACAAUGGUGGGGCCCUUGUUGCAGCCACCGGCACUGGGCAUCUUGGUUUAGCCCCACCGCCUUCAAUGAAAGCAGCCACCUCUGAUACAAACCUGGCCACUUCAUCAAUAUCUGCUGCUGGAGCUGGCCAUUCAUCUUCAGUUCGCAGUGUAUUCAACAUAGAAGCUCUUCGCUGUACCCCCUCACCCAGCCCAGGCCCCUUCGCCCUUGCCCCAACUCCCAUGUCCAGGGUCAUGAAGAGGAACUCUGUACCUUUUGCAGCUCCAGGGCCAAAGAACUACCCCACUCUUCAGGCUCGAGCCCUGGCAGAGUCCAGACGAGGAAGUGUUGCUGCCAGCACUCUGACUAAUUUCAGCUUCAACCUAAAUAUCCCGCCCAUGCCCCUGGAGAGACGGCCAUCAGGCGUGGUGGACACACACAGUCCCACAGCUGCAGCCCAGCUCUCCUGCCAGCUGUCGGCUCGUGACCUCAGCAACACCAGCAGCGCCAUGGACACAGCGGCUUUGACAUUGGACCCCGAGAGUUGCCCAUAUUGCGCCAAAGCCCUGGCCAACGAGGCAGAGGGUGGCAUUGAGGGCAACGAGACCCCAGGUGACUCCGACAGUGAGGGCAUAUAUGAGUUCACCCAAGACCUCCACCACAGGGACAGGAGAGACAGCCGGCAACCCAAAAAGAAGACCAGUGGGCUGGGCAAAACGGCAGCCAAGGUGGUUCACUUCUGGAGGCUGGUGUGCGACACAUUCAGGAAGAUCGUGGACAGCAAGUACUUUGGCCGAGGGAUUAUGAUUGCCAUUCUGAUCAAUACUCUGAGCAUGGGGAUCGAGUACCAUGAACAGCCCGAUGAGUUGACCAAGGCGUUGGAGAUCAGCAACAUCGUGUUCACCAGCCUGUUCGCUCUGGAGAUGCUGCUGAAGGUUCUGGUCUACGGGCCUUUCGGCUACAUCAAGAACCCCUACAAUAUCUUCGAUGGCAUCAUCGUGGUGAUCAGUGUGUGGGAGAUCAUGGCUCUGGAGGAUGGAGGUCUGUCAGUGCUCAGGACCUUCAGGCUGAUGCGGGUUCUGAAGCUGGUCCGUUUCAUGCCGGCCUUGCAGAGGCAGCUGGUGGUGCUGAUGAAGACCAUGGACAACGUGGCCACCUUCUGCAUGCUGCUCAUGCUCUUUAUCUUCAUCUUCAGUAUCCUGGGGAUGCAUCUUUUUGGUUGUAAGUUUGGAUCUGAGAAGGAUGGAGAUACUCUGCCAGACAGGAAAAACUUUGACUCUCUUCUCUGGGCCAUUGUAACGGUCUUCCAGAUCCUAACACAGGAGGACUGGAACAAGGUGUUAUAUAACGGCAUGGCCUCCACCACUCCUGUAGCCGCACUCUACUUCAUCGCACUUAUGACCUUUGGCAACUAUGUCCUCUUCAACUUGCUGGUGGCCAUCUUGGUCGAGGGUUUCCAGACCGAGGAAGUGGCCAAGCGGGAGGAUUUGCAUGCCCAGCCGAGCCUUACUCAGCUGCCUGUAGACUCAGGGGCUGAUGCUUCUAAAUCUGGUUCGGAGAUCGAUUCCUGUGCACGAAGUAUGGAGGAUGUAAACGGCAGCAAGAAGGACUUAUCAGCCUCUGCAGUAGUACCUGUAAAUGGUCAUGUGGACCUGAAGACCAGCCUGACUCCGCCCCUGAUCACCCACACGGCGGCCACACCCAUGCCCGUGCCCAAGCUGCCCGUGGGAGCGGACCCCGUCCUGGGCUACGAGUCCCGUCGAGGCAGCAACGUCUCCAUAGACCCGGCCUGCUACGACAAAUCACCGACCAGUGCCCCGAGCUCCUCCCCCCACGCCCCGUGGAGCUCCGGCAGCGGCUGGACCAGCAGGCGGUCCAGCUGGAACAGCCUGGGCCGGGCCCAGUCCCUCAAACGGCAGAAGAAGCAGUCUGGGGAGCGCCGGUCUCUCCUCUCUGGGGAAGGAGGCUCCAGCUCAGACGACGGCGAAGGUGGAGGAGAAGGAGGAGGUGGGUUGAUGGAGGAAGACGACAACUCCCUGGCCAGGACGGACUCCAUGUCCCAGUCCCAGAGAAGGCCCCGGCACCGCAGGAUGGAGUCAGUGGAGACUCGGAGCUCCAUGGAUUUGCCCCCUGAUGCUCUGCUGCAGGUGCCCUACCUGUACCGCUCAGCCAGUAUGCACAGCUCCAGACCCCCCUCUCUGGGCCACUUACGGCCCCCAGAGCACAGUGACUGCAACGGGAAGGGCUCUCCGUCAUCCCUGGGCCCCACACACGUCUCUCUGGAGGACAACACUGAAGACGAAAAUGCAGAGGAGGAAGCCAACCUGGGUCGUUUCGCCAGACUUUUCCGCUGGCUGGAGAAGAAACAGCCAGAGUGGUGUCGACAGAGAGACACGUGGUCACUCUACCUCUUCCCUGAAGACUCAAGGUUUCGGACCCUGUGCAAUAACAUCAUCACCCACAGGCUGUUUGACCACAUUGUGCUGGUCAUCAUCUUCCUCAACUGCAUCACCAUCGCCAUGGAGAGGCCUGGCAUCACCCAUGCCGAGCGGUUCUUCCUCAAGUUGUCAAACUACAUCUUCACAGCCAUCUUUGUUGCUGAGAUGACUAUAAAGAUUGUAGCUUUGGGCUGGUGUUUCGGGGAUAAGGCCUACCUGAGGAGCAGCUGGAACAUCCUGGAUGGGAUGUUGGUGAUGAUCUCCGUUAUCGACAUCCUGGUGUCUCUCAUCUCUACUUCUGGCACCAAGAUCCUGGGCAUGCUGCGAGUGCUGAGGCUGCUGAGGACCCUGAGGCCACUGCGUGUGAUCAGCAGAGCCCCAGGGCUGAAGCUGGUGGUGGAGACUCUGAUGUCAUCCCUGAAGCCCAUCGGCAACAUCGUGGUCAUCUGCUGCGCAUUCUUCAUUAUCUUUGGCAUCCUGGGGGUACAGCUCUUCAAGGGGAAGUUUUUCGUUUGUCAAGGAGAAGAUGUAAGAAACAUUACCAACAGGUCACAAUGUGAUAGUGCCGGAUACCAAUGGGUAAAACACAAGUACAACUUUGACAACCUGGGACAGGCCUUGAUGUCUCUGUUUGUCCUGGCGUCAAAGGAUGGCUGGGUGGACAUUAUGUAUGAUGGACUAGAUGCUGUAGGAGUUGACCAACAGCCCCGAAUGAACCACAACCCAUGGAUGCUGCUCUACUUCAUCUCCUUCCUGUUGAUCGUGGCCUUCUUUGUGCUCAACAUGUUCGUGGGCGUGGUGGUGGAGAACUUCCACAAGUGCCGGCGCCACCAGGAGGCCGAGGAGGCCAAGCGCAGAGAGGAGAAGAGACUGAAACGCAUAGAGAAAAAGAAACGGAAUUUAUUGGUUCCGGGGGUGAGUUGGGCCCUCUCUGAAGGCACAUUAAAAGAAGCUCAGAGUAAGCCCUACUACUCCGAUUACUCCCCCACUCGCCUGUUCAUCCACAAGAUGUGCAAAAGCAACUACCUGGACCUGUUCAUCACCAUCAUCAUAGGACUCAACGUCAUCACCAUGUCCAUGGAGCACUACGAGCAGCCCAAGGAGUUGGAAACGGCACUGACGAUCUGUAACUACAUCUUCACGCUCAUCUUUGUUCUGGAGUCUGUCUUCAAGCUGGUGGCUUUCGGCUUCCGACGCUUCUUCAAGGACAAGUGGAAUCAGCUGGAUCUGGCCAUCGUGCUGCUGUCCAUCAUGGGCAUCACUCUGGAGGAGAUCGAUGGAAACACACUGCCCAUCAACCCCACCAUUAUCCGCAUCAUGAGAGUGCUGAGGAUCGCACGAGUUUUGAAGCUCUUGAAGAUGGCGGUGGGGAUGAGAGCUUUGCUGGACACCGUUAUGCAAGCCCUGCCUCAGGUGGGGAAUCUGGGUCUUCUCUUCAUGCUUCUCUUCUUUAUUUUCGCGGCGCUGGGAGUGGAGCUGUUUGGUGACUUGGUCUGUGACGAACGCCUACCCUGUGAAGGUCUUGGGCGCUACGCUACAUUCAAAAACUUUGGGAUGGCAUUUCUGCUGCUGUUCAGAGUUUCCACUGGAGAUAACUGGAAUGGAAUAAUGAAGGACACAUUAAGGGAGUGUUCCCCUAACAGCACCUGCUACAACGCUGUGGUCUCGCCAAUCUACUUUGUCUCCUUCGUUUUGACCGCUCAGUUUGUCCUGGUCAACGUUGUCAUUGCUGUCCUGAUGAAGCACCUGGAGGAGAGCAACCAGGAAGCCAAGGAGGAAGCAGAGCUGGCAGAGGCGGAGAUGGCGCUGGAGCGCCAGACUGCAGAAGACGCGGCGCAGAAUUCCCCUCAGCUCACCCCUCUGCCCAUAGGCAUGGACAGGUCCAGUUCUGGGGGUUCCCCCUGGAGGUCGUCCGGAGGAGGGGACAGGGAGCAUGAAAGAGACGGUCUUUUGGACUCGCCCACUGCUGAUAUUACCAGAGACUCUGUUAACAUCAUAGAAGACCCCCCUUCAUGCCUGGAUACCCCGCUGGAGUUUCACCAGCGGAGAGCGCAGUUUGACUCGGUCUCCCUGGUCAUCCAGGGUUCAAUGGAGGGAGAGUUGAGUUUGAUGGACAACCUGUCUGGCUCUAUCUGCCACUACUACGCGCUGCCCCCCAAGCCCAGCAAGCACAGCACCGACAAGAAGCCAGAGCAGCUUGAUCCUGGGGAGCCACUGGAGGAAAACCUGCUGAGCGUCAGGAAGCCUGCAGUGGGACGCACACACUCCCUGCCCAAUGACAGUUACAUGUUCCCGCCUCUGCAGCCCUUAGGCAACUCAGCUCUGGCCCCAGCACAUCUUCUAGCACAGACAGAGGGGCAGGAGCACAUAUGGGGCACCCACAGGAGUCAGUCAGGGUCUAGCAGCUCAGUGCGUUCACAACCUGAGGAGCGUUCCCAGCAGCUGACCGUUCCUGCAGACCUCUUCAGACCCAUCAGUCCCCACAGCCACUCAGACUCGGAGAGCAUACCACGACUACCCCCUCCCAGACGCCCACACACACUCAGCCGCACGCUCCGCAGACAGCUCAGUUGGGCCCAAAAGCCGCCCGAUCCUGAGCAACUGCUCAAACACAGAUACUCGUGUUUCUGAAACUGCAACAAAGAGCAGACUUGAGCUACCACUGGGCCUUUCAGAAACACUGGACUUCAUGUUCAUUUUCCAAGAGACAGACAGAUUAACACAUAGACUUCCCUCCUUCUUCCCCUUUGUCACUCAUUUGAUUUUUUUUUAAUCUACCCAUCAGCCACACAGCAUCUAAACCUCUCUAACAGGUAGCUUUCUAACCUUACUGAGAGUUGGAGUUGAUUAAUUCUUAUAGCUGGAGCUGGGUGUAACUAGGGCUGGGCGAUAUGGACCAAAAGUCAUAUCCCGAUAUAUUUAGGCUGUAUAUCGAUAUACGAUAUAUAUCCUGAUAUUUUUAUUGCAAAGUGAGAGCAAAGGUCAAAGUCAAAGCCAAAUAUCGCAAGUAAUUUUAUUGAAACUGUAUAUUUAAGUGAACAUAAAUACUAUAUAACAACAGGAGUACCUUUUUUUAUUUUUUAAAUCAAAGCUCCAUAAAGUGAACAUUUAAAUAAAAAAACAUCUUAAAUAAAAAUAGCCUAUGAAUUCAAAUAGGCCAAUCUUUUUCUGAAAUAAAUAUAUUUAUAUGAGAAAAGAAUAACGACCAUUACAAAAUAACUAAUAUGACAAAUCCUAGUAAGGGCAGCAUUUGUAUAUAAAGAAAGAAAAAAUUGAACUAUAUUGAUAUAUGCGAUUAGUCUAAUUCCAUAUCACAUUUAAAAAUAUAUCGAUAUAUCUUUUAUGUCAACAUAUCGCCCAGCCCUAGGUGUAACAUUGCAUCGGUGGAUUAUUAUAUAGUGAGUUUAUGAAAUGUAUUCAAGCCAGGCAACAAUGUUAUUUAGCUGAUAAAUUUUCCCACAAUGCAGUGCACUUACUACAUUACAAACUAUAAAACUCAGGGGACUGCUACAGAACAGCGAGUGCUGUCCAUAUGCAUUUGGCCAUUUUGUACAGUGAUAGAGCACUUGUGAAUUUUCUAUUGACUAGCUUAGUGCUUGAAAAGUACAUAGUUGGUAACCAGUAGUUAUUGCACCUAACCCAAUUUUGCUUUUAAGAAAAGUGACAGGGUGAUCAUUUCUUAGUAAUAUUCCAGUUAUUAUUUGUGACUUGUAUUGCUGUGGCUGGUGAUUGGUCUGGCCUGGUUGUUAAUUGUUUGACCACUAGGUGUCUCUGUGGUUCCAUUAUUCAGGCUCAUGCAGGAGCACAUGAUUCCAAACUUCUCUCAAAGUGCUGUGCAUUAGAACUCAUGUAUGCUUUGCUUCUGCAUCUCUAUAGAUUCAAAACACUUCAAGUACAGUUUUUCCUCAGUCUCUUUGGUGCAUUUCUCACAUCAAUAUUUACAUUUGUGCAACAGUUAAUGCAUUUCUCAAAACAAUUAGUACAAACUGCAAAACCUAGUUGAUAACCUGUAAAAGCGUGUCACUGUCUCUAAAUGGAUCAGAGCUCAUUCCUCAAAAGCAAGCAAUCAAGAUGAAAAGUGCUGACACCAUGUUUAUGAGCAAGAUAGUCAAAUGUAUCUGUCAUGUGUCUGUUUCAAGAAGCUGUUGAAUCAUUCGUGUGUCGUCAUGGAUACCUCGUUUGUGAAAAACGGAUGAACGGGUCAAAAGUUAAUAAACAUUCAACUUUGACCUGUUGGUGGCGCUAGAGCUCUUGAGCUAGAGUUGAUACACAGUAUCACCACUUGAACCCAAGUAAUGGGUGGUCUGCUGUUAAAUUAUUACAAUAUUGGGGAAUUAUUACAUUAUCAGGACUUGAGAAAUGAAGGCUAACCUGAUAAUGUAAUACCCUUCAAUGUUAUACUUUAUUACAUUAUUGGUAAAAAGUGUAUUACAUUAUUUGGAAAUGCACUUUAUUACAUUAUCGGGGAAGUUAUUACAUUAUCAGGUUUUAUUACAUUUUCAAUGGACUCAAGUGCAGAUUUUUAUUACAUUAUCGGGAAUUUAUUACAUUAUCAGGUUCUACAUGGCGCUAGAGCUCUUGAGCUAGAGUUGCCUACACAGUAUCACCACUUGAACCCAAGUAAUGGGUGGUCUGCUGUUAAUGUAAUAAUUCCCCAA